UGCCCGCCGGAGCCGGAAGUCGGGCCCGCGAGCCUCUUGGGCUGGCCGCACCUCAAGCAUGAUUCUCUGCGGUACCCUAGGGCUCCUCAGGGCCUCCGUAUCGCCCGCCGCUGCCCUGGCUGCGGCUCUGUUCUCGUCGCUUGCGCGCUGCUCGCUCUUGGAGCCGAGGCACCCGGCGACCUCGGUGCUCAGCCCCUACUUCGGCACCAAAACUCGCUACGAGGAUGUCAACCCCGGGCUGCUGUCGGACCCCGAGGCUCCGAGGCGGGACCCGGAGCUGCUAGAGGGGACCUGCACCCCGGUGCAGCUGGUCUCCCUCAUCCGCCACGGCACCCGCUACCCCACGGCCAAACAGAUCAGCAAGCUGAGGCAGCUGCACGGGCUGCUGCAGGCUCGUGGGCCGGCGGAUGGCAGACCAGGCAGUGCGGGGUCUCGCGGCCCGGGCGGCGCGCUGGCGGACUGGCCGCUGUGGUACGCGGACUGGAUGGAUGGGCAGCUGGUGGAGAAGGGACGGCAGGACAUGCGACAGCUGGCGCUGCGCCUGGCUUCCCUCUUCCCGGCACUCUUCACCCCGGAGAGCUAUGCCCGCCUGAGGCUGGUCACCAGUUCCAAGCACCGCUGCGUGGACAGCGGCGCCGCCUUCCUCCAGGGGCUGUGGCAGCACUACUACCCUGGGCUGCCGCCGCCCGACAUCGCAGAUAUGGAGUGUGGACCUCCAAGAGUUAAUGAUGAACUAAUGAGAUUCUUUGAUCAUUGUGAGAAGUUUUUAACUGAAGUGGAAAGGAAUGCUACAGCUCUUUAUCAUGUAGAAGCCUUUAAAACUGGACCAGAAAUGCAGAACACUUUAAAAAAAGUUGCAGCUACUUUGGAAGUGCCAGUAAAUGAUUUAAAUGCAGGUCUCAACCAGUGUCUUCUCCAGUCAUCCUCCAGUUUGGUCAUGCAGAGACCCUUCUUCCACUGCUUUCUCUCAUGGGCUACUUCAAAGACAAGGAACCCCUAACAGCUUACAAUUACCAGAAACAAAUGCAUAGAAAAUUCCGAAGUGGCCACAUUGUACCUUAUGCCUCGAACCUUAUAUUUGUCCUUUACC